AUGGAAAUAACUUUACGUUAUCGAAGAUGUUACCGAUCGAUGAGUUUUUUGCUCGCUUCUACAACGGCUAUAUUUUUUGCUUCCACCGUGACUUUGGCAAUACUUCUGAAGAUGAAAUACAAUGAAGAGCCGUCAAUAACAAACAAAAUAAUUGAAUGCAACAAUUCGAUAACGCCAUCGAUAAAUAGCGAACGUCCGUUAAAAUGGCCAGGACCAAGCGGAACUUUACACGCACGUUAUAAACGAGCUGCUAUUGCAACUGAUAGUGGCAUAUGUAGUGGAAUUGGAAGAGAUAUACUUAUGCUUGGUGGUAAUGCGAUAGAUGCAACCGUAGCAGCAUUGGUAUGCAUUGGUGUUGUGAAUCCGCAAAGUUCUGGUUUAGGUGGUGGAUUUCUGAUGACCAUAUAUAACGGUUCUUCAAAUCAAUGUAUUGUUGUUAAUGCACGUGAAACUGCUCCAGCAAAAGCAAAUGAAACAAUGUUCAAUGAUUCACCAGAAGAUUCUCUAGAAGGAUACCGCGCUAUUGCAACACCGUCUGAAUUACACGGAUUAUGGACGGUAUUUUCAACUUUCGGAAGUGGUAAAAUAUCUUGGUAUAGACUAUUUCAGCCAUCCAUUGAAUUAGCAUUGAAAGGAUUUCCAAUCUCGGCGGCUUUAGCAAAUGAACUUGCUAAAAAGGAAAAGGCCAUAAUGACUGAACCAUCACUGAAGAAAGUAUUUGUGAAUCCAAAAACUGAAAAAGUAUACGAAGAAGGUGAUAUCAUUACGAGAGAUCAUUUGGGUGCUACAUUAAAAGAAAUUGCAAAUAGUUCUGAUCCCCUGCAGCUAUUUUAUCGCGGUGGUAUUGCACAAACAAUUGCUGCUGAAAUUGAAGAACACGGGGGUUAUAUAUCUACGGAUGAUUUGAAUAAUUAUAAAACAAAAUUAAAUGAAAUUCCAAUUAUUAUCGAACAAUUUCUCGAUGAUUAUGCCAUGUGUGGACCACCACCGCCAAGUUCAGCUGCUAUUACUCAAAGUCUCAUAUUAACUAUAGCUGAAUUUUAUGAUGGCAAAAGCGAAUUUAAUAGAGAUGAUUCAUUAUUUUAUCAUCGCUUAAUUGAAGCAGAAAAAUUUGCCUAUGCCCAAAGGACAAAACUUGGUGAUGCAGAAUUUGUACCAGAAGCUCAGCAGAUUGCAGAAAAUAUAAUUGGAAGUUCUUAUCUGAAACAUAUCAAAUCUCUUAUCAAAAAUACAUCUCAAUCAUUGGAUAAGUAUGAAGUUGAUUUGUUCCAACAACCUGAUGAUCACGGCACAUCACAUAUAUCGGCGAUCGAUCAGAAUAAUAAUAUUGCGGUAUCAUGCACGAGCACCAUCAAUCGCAUAAUGGGUUCAUUGCGCAUUUCACCAACGCUUGGAAUUGUUUGGAACAAUGAAAUGGAUGAUUUCUCGAUUCCCGGAAAAUCGAAUUCCUUUGGAUAUUUACCAUCACCAGCAAAUUAUAUCCGACCGGGAAAAAGACCAUUAAGCAGCAUGUCACCUAUGAUCAUUUACAAUAAAAAUACAGGAUCGGUAAAAAUAAAAAUGGUUGUUGGUGCAUCCGGCGGUUCAUAUAUCAUUUCAGCAGUAGCACAAACUGUUAUACGAAAUCUUAUUUUUAACGAGACAAUUAAGGAAGCUGUUGAUUCGCCACGUUUCCACAAUCAAUUCAUUCCUCCAACAACUUUGUACGAAUCUUCCAUACCUCAGGAAAUUAUAAUGAAUUUGGCCAGUGAACGAAAUCAAAAUAUGACAGUAACUUCAAAAUUAAAAAGCGUCGUGCAAGCUCUUGUAAUAAAUGCGGAUGGUUAUAUUUAUGGAAAUAGUGAUUUUCGACGGGAAACGGGAAGUUUUCCAGCCGGAUUUUAA